CUCCCCGCAUCCCCCCGCCGCAUCCCCCCCGGAGCCGCCGCGGGGCCGCCGCGCCGCGCCGCGCCCGCCCGAGCCCAUCCAGGUGUACGGACAGGUCAACCUCAACGAUUCCCACAAUCAGAUGGUCGUCCACUGGGCAGGAGAGAAGAGCAACGUGAUCGUGGCCUUGGCCAGAGACAGCCUGUCUUUGCUGGGUCCCAAAAACAGCGAUGUUUACGUGUCUUACGACUACGGGAAGAGCUUUAAGAAGAUUUCGGAGAGGUUCAGCUUCGAGGGGGGGAACAGCAGCGAGGUGGCCAUCGCCCAGUUCUACCACAGCCCGGCCGACAACAAGAGGUAUAUCUUCGUGGACGCCUUCGCCCCGUACCUCUGGAUCACCACCGACUUCUGCAACACAGUUCAGGGCUUCUCCAUUCCCUUCAGAGCAGCUGAUCUCCUCCUGCACAGCAGGAACCCCAACCUCCUCCUGGGCUUCGACAGGUCUCAUCCUAAAAAACAGCUCUGGAAAUCAGACGAUUUUGGCCGGACCUGGAUAAUGAUUCAGGAACACGUGAAAUCCUUUUCAUGGGGGGUUGAGCCCUACGACAAGCCCAACACGGUGUACAUCGAGCGGCACGAGCCCUCGGGGGCUUCCACCGUCAUCCGCAGCACCGACUUCUUCCAGAGCCGGGAAAACAAGGAGAUAAUCCUGGAAGACGUGGAAGACUUCCAGCUCAGGGACAAAUACAUGUUUGCAACCAAGUCUGUGCGUUUGCUUGGCAGCUCAGAGCCACCCUCAGUCCAGCUCUGGGUUUCCUUCAACCGCAAGCCGAUGCGCGUGGCACAGUUCGUUACCAAGCAUCCAAUUAAGGAAUAUUAUGUUGCUGAUGCCUCGGAGGACCAGGUGUUUGUGUGUGUCAGCCACGACAACAACAGGACCAACCUCUACAUCUCGGAGGCAGAAGGCCUGAAGUUCUCCCUGUCUCUAGAAAACGUGCUCUACUACAGCCCGGGGGGAGCUGGGAGUGACACCUUGGUCAGGUACUUUGCCAACGAGCCCUUCGCAGACUUCCACCGCGUGGAGGGCGUGCGGGGCGUGUACAUCGCCACGCUGCUCAAUGGCUCCUUCAGCGAGGAGAACAUGCGCUCCGUCAUCACCUUCGACAAGGGUGGCACCUGGGAGCUGCUGCAGCCCCCGGCACAGACACACUACGGGGAGCACAUCGACUGCCAGCUUUCCCAAGGCUGCUCUCUCCACCUGGCCCAGCGCCUGAGCCAGCUGCUGAAUUUCCAGCUCCGCAGGAUGCCCAUUCUCUCCAAGGAGUCAGCACCAGGACUGAUCAUCGCCACCGGCUCCGUUGGCAAGAACAUGGCAAGGAAAACCAAUGUCUAUGUCUCAAGCAGUGCUGGAGCAAGGUGGAGAGAGGCACUGUCUGGACCCCACUACUACACCUGGGGUGACCACGGGGGCAUUCUCGUGGCCAUCGCUCAGGGCACCGAGACCGACCAGCUCAAGUACAGCACAAACGAAGGGGAGACCUGGAAGGUGUUCACGUUCUCGGAGAAGCCGGUGUUUGUGUACGGGCUGCUCACCGAGCCGGGGGAGAAAAGCACCAUAUUCACCAUCUUUGGCUCCUACAAAGAGAAUGGCCACAGCUGGCUGAUCCUGCAGAUCAACACCACGGAUGUGCUGGGGGUCCCUUGCACAGAGAAUGACUACAAGCUGUGGUCACCCUCCGAUGAGCGAGGCAAUGAAUGUUUACUGGGGCAUAAAACCGUGUUCAAGAGGAGGACUCCUCAUGCCACCUGUUUCAAUGGAGAGGAUUUUGACAGGCCUGUCAUGGUCUCCAACUGCUCCUGCACGAGGGAAGACUUUGAAUGUGAUUUUGGCUUUAAACUGAGCGAUGAUUUAUCAUUAGAAGUUUGUGUUCCUGACCCUGAAUUUGCUGGGAAACCCUAUGACCCACCAGUCCCUUGCCCUGUUGGCUCAACCUACAGGAAGACUCGAGGCUACAGAAAGAUCUCUGGGGACACUUGUGCGGGUGGAGACAUCGAGUCGCGGCUCGAGGGGGAGCUGGUGCCGUGCCCGCUGGCUGAGGAGAACGAGUUCAUUCUCUACGCCACCCGCUACUCCAUCCACCGCUACGACCUGGCCUCGGGUGUCAGCGAGGAGCUGCCCCUGGCAGGGCUCAGAGGGGCAGUUGCCCUCGACUUUGACUACGACCACAACUGCUUGUACUGGGCUGAUGUCACUCUGGACAUUAUCCAGCGUCUUUGCCUCAACGGCAGCUCUGGGCAAGAAAUAAUCAUAAGCACUGGGCUGGAGACAGUGGAAGCUUUGGCCUUUGAACCCCUCAGUCAGUUGCUGUACUGGGUCAAUGCUGGGAUUCCCAAAAUUGAGGUUGCCAAUCCAGACGGAGACCUGCGACUCACUGUCCUCAACUCCUCCAUCCUUGAGCGACCCCGAGCCCUCGCUCUGGUUCCCCGAGACGGGUUGAUGUUCUGGACUGACUGGGGGGACUCCAGAGCUGGGAUUUACAGGAGUGACAUGGACGGGUCCCUGGCCGGGUGCAUCGUUUCGGAGGGGGUGCGGUGGCCAAACGGGAUUUCCGUGGAUGACCACUGGAUCUACUGGACCGAAGCCUACAUGGACAGGAUCGAGAGGGUGGAUUUCAAUGGGAUGCAGAGAUCUGUCAUCCUGGACAGCCUCCCUCACCCUUAUGCUAUUGCUGUGUUUAAGAAUGAGAUCUACUGGAAUGACUGGUCACAGCUGAGCAUCUUCAGAGCAUCCAAAACCAGUGGCUCGAGGAUGGAGAUCCUGGUCGGCCGAUUAAAUGGGAUCAUGGACAUGAAAAUCUUUUACAGAGGAAAGACAACAGGGGAGAAUGGCUGCAUCUCCAAGCCCUGCAGCCUGCUCUGCCUGCCCAAGUCCAACCACGGCAGGAGCUGCAAGUGCCCCGAGGGGGUGUCCAGCACCGUGCUGCCCACGGGGGAGGUGAGGUGUGACUGUCCUCGUGGCUACAUCAUGAAGAACAACACUUGCCUGAAGGAAGAAAACACGUGCCUGCCCAACCAGUACAGAUGCUCCAACGGGAACUGCAUAAACAGCAUCUGGCAGUGUGACAACGACAAUGACUGCGGGGACAUGAGCGACGAGAGGAACUGCCCCACCACCGUGUGCGACGCCGAGACCCAAUUCCGCUGCCAGGACUCGGGGACCUGCAUCCCACUGUCCUACAAGUGUGACCUGGAGGACGACUGUGGGGACAACAGCGAUGAAAGUCACUGUGAGGCCCACCAGUGCAGGAAUGAUGAGUUCAGCUGCAGCUCAGGGAUGUGCAUCCGUCUCUCCUGGAUGUGUGAUGGUGACAACGACUGCAGGGACUGGUCUGAUGAAGCCAACUGCACUGCAGUUUAUCACACCUGUGAGGCCUCCAGCUUCCAGUGCCAGAACGGCCACUGCAUCCCACAGCGCUGGGCUUGUGACGGCGACGCCGACUGCCAGGAUGGCUCUGAUGAGGACCCUUCCAACUGUGAGAAGAAGUGCAAUGGCUUCCAGUGCCCUAAUGGCACCUGCAUCCCAACCAGCAAACACUGCGAUGGCAUCAACGACUGCUCUGAUGCAUCGGAUGAGCAGCACUGUGAGCCCCUGUGCACCCGCUACAUGGAUUUUGUGUGCAAGAACCGGCAGCAGUGCCUGUUCCACUCCAUGGUGUGUGACGGCAUCAUCCAGUGCCGGGACGGGUCAGACGAAGAUGCCAACUAUGCUGGCUGCUCCCAGGACCCCGAGUUCCACCGGACCUGCGACCAGUUCAGCUUCCAGUGCCAGAAUGGGGUGUGCAUCAGCCUGGUGUGGAAGUGCGACGGGAUGGACGACUGUGGGGAUUACUCUGAUGAAGCAAACUGUGAAAACCCAACAGAGGCCCCGAACUGCUCCCGGUACUACCAGUUCCAGUGUGGGAACGGGCACUGCAUCCCCAACCGGUGGAAGUGUGACAAGGAGAAUGACUGUGGGGACUGGUCUGAUGAGAAGGACUGUGAGGGUUCUCCAGUUCAUCCCAUGACCACGCUGAUCCCCCCGACGUGUUUGCCCAACCACUUCCGCUGCAACAGCGGCUCCUGCAUCACCAACAGCUGGGUGUGUGACGGGUACAGGGACUGCACCGACGGCUCUGACGAGGAGGCCUGUCCCACCCCACGACCCAACGUGACAGCCACCUCCCCGGCGCUCCCGGGGCGCUGCAGCAGGUUCGAGUUCGAGUGCCAGCAGCUGCACAAGUGCAUUCCCAACUGGAAGCGGUGUGACGGCGUGAGGGACUGCCAGGACAGCACCGACGAGAGGAACUGCCCUACCCAGAGCACCCUGUCGUGCCCUAAUGGUUACAAAUGUGAGGAUGGAGAGGCCUGCAUCAUGUUGACAGAGCGCUGUGAUGGAUAUCUGGACUGCUCAGACAGCAGUGAUGAGAGGAACUGCACCGAUGACACAAUCGUGUACAAAGUCCAGAACCUCCAGUGGACGGCGGAUUUCUCCGGGGAUGUCACUCUGACGUGGGCCCGGCCAAAAAGGAUGUCCUCCACCUCCUGUGUCUACAACAUCUACUACAGGACGGUGGGAGAAAGCAUUUGGAAGGUUUUGGAAACCCACAGCAACAAAACCAACAGCGUUUUGAAGGUCCUCAAGCCUGACUGUACCUAUCAGGUGAAGGUCCAAGUGCAGUGUCUGAGCCGGGUCUACAACACCAACGACUUCAUCACGCUGCGGGCACCCGAAGGAUUGCCAGAUGCUCCCUUCAACCUCCAGCUGUCCCUGAAGAAAGAAGCUGAGGGUGUGGUGGUGGGCUGCUGGAGUCCCCCCGUGAACGCCCACGGCCUCAUUCGGGAAUUCAUCGUGGAAUACAGCAGCAGUGGAUCCAAGGAGUGGUCGUCCCUGAGAACCACCACCAACUACACAGAGAUCAAGAACUUAGAGGUCAACACGCUCUACACAGUCAGAGUUGCUGCAGUAACUAGUCGAGGAGUGGGAAAUUGGAGUGAUUCCAAAUCCAUAACCACCAUAAAAGGCAAAGUCAUCCCUCCCCCUGUCAUACACAUUGAGAGCUACAGCGAGGACUCCAUAAGUUUCAGCCUAAAAAUGACCACUAAUAUCAAGGUCAGUGGUUAUGUUGUGAACAUCUACUGGACAUUCGAUACCCACAGGCAGGAAAAAAGGACCCUGAUCAUAGAAGGAGAAAAGCCCAUCCAAAAAGUGGCAAAUUUGACAGCACACACCCCCUAUGAACUUUCUGCUUGGGCUAAGACGGAGCUGGGUGACAGCCCUCUGUCUUUUGUGCAUGUGGUGACCAGUGGGACAAGACCUGCAUCCCCAAGCCUCAAAGCCAAGGCCAUCAACCAGACAGCAGUGGAGUGCAGCUGGACUGGACCCAGGAAUGUUGUCUAUGGGGUCUUCUAUGCCACAUCCUUCCUGGAGCUGUACAGGAGCCCUCACAACACCACCACGGCCUCCCACAACAUCACGGUGCUGGUGCAGCGGGACGAGCAGUACCUGUUCCUGGUCCGGGUGAUGUCUCCCUACCAAGGGCCACCCUCUGACUACGUGGUGGUGAAGAUGAUCCCCGACAACCGGCUGCCCCCGCGGCACCUCCACUCCGUGCACACCGGCAAGACCUUUGCUGUCAUCAAGUGGGAAUCACCCUAUGAUUCACCUGACCAGGACAUGUUAUAUGCUGUGGCAGUUAAAGAUUUAGUCAGAAAAACAGAUAAAAUCUACAAAGUGAAAACCAGGAACAGCACGGUGGAAUACACCAUCAAGAAGCUGGAACCAGGAGGGAAAUACCACGUGAUUGUUCAGCUGGGAAACAUGAGCAAAGAGUCCAGCAUGAAGAUCAACACAGUUCCACUGUCUGCACCAGAUGCCUUAAAAAUCAUAACAGAAAACGACCAUAUUCUGCUUUUUUGGAAGAGUUUGGCAUUGAAGGAAAGUAAUUUCAAUGAAAGCCGGGGCUACGAGAUCCACAUGUUUGACAGCCUGAUGAACAUCACAGCUUAUCUGGGCAACACCACAGAGAACUUCUUCAAGGUGUCCAACCUGAAGAUAGGUCACAACUAUUCAUUCAGUGUCCAGGCCAGGUGCCUCUACAGCGGGCAGAUGUGUGGGGAGCCGGCCACGCUCCUCUACGACGAGCUGGGAACGGGUGAAGACUCCUCUGCCGCGAAGUCCGGCGGAUCCACGGACGUCGCUGCCAUCGUGGUGCCGGUGCUGUUCCUGCUGCUGGUGACCCUGGGCAUUGGCUUUGUGGUGCUGUACAUGAGGCACAGGAGGCUGCAGAACAGCUUCACUGCCUUUGCCAACAGCCACUACAGCUCCCGCCUCGGCUCGGCCAUAUUCUCCUCGGGAGAUGAUUUAGGGGAUGAGGACGAUGAAGCCCCAAUGAUAACUGGAUUUUCAGAUGACGUCCCCAUGGUCAUCGCGUGAGGGCGCAACUCUGACUGUAAAAAAAACCAAAUGGUGUAAAUAUUUUAUUUGAUAAAAAUAGUUGAUUGUUUAUUUUAAAAAUGCACUUUGAGUUGCAAUACGUUAUUUUUAUAUGGGCCAAAAAAAAUAAUAAUAAUAAUAAUAAUUUUAAGAAUACACUUUGUAGUAAUCAACUGUGAAUUGCAGACUAGGUUGGUUGAGUAACAAAUUGCUUUGAUUUAACAUUAAUUUAGUCUUACAAGGCUAUGCUUGCUGGGCAUGCUUUUAAGUCUGUGAGAUAUUUUCCGUUGACUAAAUUGGCUACUCGUUUUAUUUUUCUAAGACAAGAAUAAAUUUAUUUAAAAAAAAAAAAUUCAGGAGAUUAUAUAUGUAGAGAGAGAUAAGUAAUAUAGUCCCUGAAGGUUUUGCUUUUACUUUAGAAAAAAAAAAAUCCUUUGGACUUUGUUUUAUAUGGAAGUAUUUUUGUUGUGUUAAUUUAUUGGGAAAUCUGCUCGUGAACAGAUUUCCAAAGUCGUCAGACAUUGUACACAUUAUUGUGUAGAACAUGUGCCACUUUAUCUUGCAAGGCAGUAGUAUCUUGGCAUCCCCAUCAUUGUUCUUGCCAUGAUAAUACAAAUCCUUAUUUUUACAUAUUUUUGUCUCCCUUAUCAAAAGGCCCAAUUUUUGAGCAAACUCAGAGCUCAAGUCCAGACACGGCAGCACAAACUUUCUGGAGGAGUUUAUCUCCCUGCUGCCCUACCUGGAAGCCAAAAGGGUCGUGCAGACCCUUGUGUGUGGGUGUGACAGGCCGUGAACCCAUUAGCAGGAGGGGUUUUGGGGUCUGAUUAUCCCUGGGCAGCAGCACAGAAAGGUUUGGGUUUGCAGGGACCUUAAAGCCCAUCUCAUUCCACCCCCUGCCAUGGGCAGGGACACCUUCCACUGGCCCAGGUUGCUCCAACCUGGCCUUGGACACUUGCAGGGAUGGGGCAGCUUUUGCAGUGCUGUUCCAACACCCAGAUUUUGCAGUUCUGCCCCUCACUCCCAGGUUUGCAGCAACAACACCUCACACCCUCCCCUGCUGCCCAAACCCCCUCGGGGGGCUCCUGCAGCCACCGAGCUGCUGCUCAUCACACGGGGCUUAAUUAACCUGCAGUUUACAUCCAUAACAACACCAACAAAAUUUGCCACUAGCACCUUAAAACACCCUCCCCAGGUAAUGAGGACACCUUUCCUCCUGGAGCUUUCCCUCAGAUGCUGACACUGUGGUGGGACGGAAGGGGGAGCCUCCGGUGUGCACGACUGGGAAAGGCUUCGCUCCAGGUUUUCCACAGCCACACGGAGCAGUGAUUACUGAACAUUUAAAUUCGUUUGGUUUACAGCAGGGAUUCAAUCCUCCCUCCUUAGCAUUUCCUAAAAGCAGCUGUAGUUGCACCCUCAACUCUAAGGAAAAAAAAAAAACAAAACAUAUAUAUCUACAAAUAUAUUAUUUUCCCAUCACUAGUCAUCUCACGUUUCCAGUAGACAUAAUCCUGGCUACGAGAGCCAAGCAAUGUCUACAUACCACUGUUGAGCUUUUUUGUUGUGGUUUAUUUUUUUUUUUUUGAUAGCAAAAUGUGAAUCUCACCACUACUUGCCAACCCAAGGGCCACGACAGGGGCGGAUGCUCAGGGCUCUCACCUGUCCGUGCCCUGUAUAUGCAAAACCCCUCACCAGUAAAUACAGCACACACUGUCUUGUCACACUGUUUCCUUCCCUUUAAAACCAGAGUAUUUUUUGCUGUGUAAAUUAGGUUGUAAUUGCAGUCUUCCUACGGAUGAAAUGAGAAUGGCCAACUAUGUUUUGAUACACGACCGAUCCGUUUAAUUUCACAAUAGAAAAAUGUGUAAAAAGUUGAAGUCUGGAUGGUUUGAUACUCUAUAGAAAUACUGACUCUAUUUUCAAUUACUGGUGUUAACAUUCCUGGAGACAGAUUCCUCCCCCCCCGCCGCCCCCCAGAGCUGGGACCAAACUAGAAUCAGAUUUUUAUAAGUAGCAGCAAGCUUGCAGAGUUGCAAUAUUUUUACCUUGUUAGUGGGUCAGGUGAUGUUCAGGAGCUGAAAUUUUGAAUAAAUCAACCCAGCACACAUAGCUCUAUUUGCCUGGAGUUACAGCUACACAGAGAGACCAGAAUCUGACCCAGAGGCUAAACUAGUCUGAAAAAACAUAAAUCAAAAAUUUGAUACAGGAAAGGAAGCCUAAAAGCAGAGAUAAAGAGUAUUGAACUCCUUCCUUAUAAAAGCAAAUCUUUUUGCACAGGUAACUGGAAAUUACAGUACAAUAUCCCAGGAGCUGGUACCUCUCUGGUGAGAAUUAGUAGGGGUUAAAUACAGAUACUUUACUCCCCCAGGGGUAAAUCCUGCUCCAGUAAGGUGAGCAGAAUUUAGCCCAUCUCUGCCUCGAAGCAAGAUUCCAAGGGGGAUCCUUGUAACCACUUUAAAUCCUGCAGAAAUCCCUUGGCUGGAGAUUUCCAAGCAGCAGCUGGGGGACAAUUCACUCCUGGCCACUCUUAAAGGCUUCUUUGUUCCAGUGGCUGGUACAGAGCGAAGCAUUUUGGGGUCCUACUGGACCCAAAAACCAACACUCUUGGUUACCUGUGCCUCCCUAACCCAAGGUGGGCAGAGCAGAGCCCUCUGAGCCUGGUCUGCAGAGUCAAGCCUGGGUUUGGGGGCUCUGCAAAGCCCAGCUUUCCUCGUGUGGACGGUGCUGUAACACUCCCCAGCCCUCCCAGACUUUCCCUUCACUGCAAAAAAUCACCACUGUGCUCUCAGCAAAGCAACUUCACAGGGCUAGUGUAUUUUAUAUAUAUAUAGAUAGAUAGAGAAGUCUAAGCUCCAGGUGGGGAUUGAGCAGAUUAGAUGCAGUCCUGGGUAAAUUGUAUAUUUUUAUGAACUUUUGAAGCACGGAAAUCUUGUUCACGGAGACAUAUAGGGGGUGGGAGGGUUCUGCUGUAAAUAGGGUCCAUGGAUGUGGAUGUAUAUUUUGUUCUGGUUUUCCUUUCAGUAGCCUUAUGCAAUGUGACAUGAUUCUAGUGCCCUAAUUUUUGGGAGGUGAUUUGGGUUUGUUUUGUAGGAACCCAAUGAAACGUUUGGAUCUGUAUGGGAAAAAUAUAAAAGUACCCUGGUCAGGAGGAACUUAUUCCAGUUAAUUUGUGUUUGCAUCCAUUUCAGAUUUCCCACAGGUGCCCAUGGGCACUCUCAAGUCCAUUUGAACAAAGGUUGAACCCUAAAAUCUGGUGGGGUUUUGGACCAUGGAUUGCUUUGGGUUUCUGAAGGUUUUUUGUGUGUUUUCUGGGGGUGUGUUUUUGUUUUUUUUUACAACAAAGGAAAAGGAGGCGCCAUUUUCCGGCCCAGAGAUCUGACCACCCUAUUGAAGGUCAAAAAAAAUGGAUCUUUUUCAGCCUGAAUAAAUCACAUCUGUUGGCUGGAACCUCUGUAAAAGCUCCCUGCACCCACCUCCUCGGAGCCCGGCGCCUGCCCCGGGCGCGCACGGGAGCCAGCUGGAACAGGAGCUUCCAGCUCCUCUGGGGUUUGGCUGACAGCCUGGACCCCAGGUAAACACUCAGAGGAAUUUUGGAGAGGGGUGAAACGUGUCAUGUUGUCCCCAGGGGAAAAGCCUGCCUGCAGAUAUUUCAGCUGCAGGAGAGCCGGCGUGCUGCGAGUUCACGCCCCGUCUAACCCUGCCAUAACUUGUUCCAUGUGCUCCCACCUUGACACAGCAUUAGCAGGAGGCAGCUGCAGAUCCAGGACUGGGAAAAGACUAUUUUGCUUGGGCAGAGAUCAAGUUACAUAUGGAUAUAUAGGAGCCCAGACCCAGCCAGGAAGGGGAGGAGAGAGCAGAGAGGCAGAGCUGGCUCCCGACACCCACAUAAUCAUCUUUUGGCCUCGUGGCCAAAGGACCUUUGUGUUUGAUGGUCACCUUGGUGGUCGCCACAGUAGUUCACUCAUCCUGUUUCCAGAGUCACCAAGAGCAGCCCCAGCAUCACAUAAACCACCAGGGAAAUGCCACCUAAGCCAGCAACUCUCCCAGGGCAGAUCCCAGUCCGGGCAUCUCCAUGCUUGGAAUCUCUUUGCAGGGACAGAGUAUGCUCUGUAUAUGAGCCUGUGAGUCUGUGUAUGACAAACUUCACUUACUUGCUGGUGGAAAUGUAAAAUGUGCUCAGGAAAGACCAAAAUAACCCUUUCUGAAGCAACUUUCAAGUCUCCUUCAAAUGGACUUGAGAAGGGAAAUGGUGCAAUGACUUAGUUACUCUUGGACCCUGAGAGCAUCUUCAUUCCUGGAACUAGCUGUAACAUUAUAAUUAAUCCUUCAAAACGUGCAGCAGUCUACAAGCAGCCAGUCUCUAAUGAGAUUUUUAGAGGUAGUGUCAACUUUUGAUCUGAUUCCUUAAGUGAAGUUUAAUAUUAUAUCAUCAGAAUCGCUCCUCUGUGUCUUGUUUGGUUUUUUUAUAUUUUCCAUUCACUGAUUUCUGCUAUGUAUUAUUGCACAAUUUUGAAGGAAUUUUUGUCUGUCAAUUUUUUUCCCCCCACUUAAUGAUAAUAAUAAAAAUGGAUUGGGUAAACAAA